GCCGGGGAGUUUUCUGGAGCGGACGCGUCUCUCCAUAGCGCCCGGUGGAGCCCGGGUGUUCCCGCUUUCCCGGUCCGCUACCUAGCGUCUGCCCCCGCCGACAUGUCGGGUUUCAGCCCGGAGCUUAUCGACUACCUGGAAGGAAAAAUCUCCUUCGAAGAGUUCGAAAGGCGGAGAGAAGAGAGAAAAACCCGGGAGAAGAAAAGCCUUCCAGAAAAAGGAAAACCAUCGCCCCAAGAAAACCCGGAAGUCCCAUCAUCAUCAGGAAUCGACUCUGCCAAAUCCCAGGACAAAGAUGCCAAUGAAGGGGAAACAUCCGAUGGAGUGAGUAAGUCAGUUCACAAAGUGUUUGCUUCCAUGCUCGGAGAGACUGAAGAUGAUGAGGAAGAAGAGGAAGAAGAAGAGGAGGAGGAGGAAACUCCGGAGCAACCCUCCGCAGGCGAUGUGUUUGUGUUGGAGAUGGUUCUCAACCGUGAAACCAAAAAAAUGAUGAAAGAGAAGAGGCCUCGGAGUAAACUUCCCAGAGCCCUGAGAGGUCUCAUGGGCGAAGCCAACAUUCGCUUUGCGCGAGGGGAACACGAAGAGGCGAUCCUGAUGUGCAUGGAGAUCAUAAGACAAGCUCCUUUGGCUUAUGAGCCAUUCUCUACGCUUGCCAUGAUAUACGAGGACCAAGGUGACAUGGAGAAAUCGCUGCAGUUUGAGUUGAUUGCUGCACAUUUAAACCCCAGUGACACAGAAGAGUGGGUUAGGCUGGCAGAAAUGUCUCUGGAACAAGACAAUAUUAAGCAGGCUAUUUUUUGCUAUACAAAAGCUCUUAAAUAUGAACCUACUAAUGUCCGUUACCUGUGGGAGAGAUCAAGCCUGUACGAGCAGAUGGGUGAUCACAAAAUGGCCAUGGAUGGCUACAGGCGAAUUUUAAACCUGCUGUCUCCGUCUGAUGGAGAACGCUUUAUGCAGUUGGCCAGAGAUAUGGCAAAGAGUUACUACGAAGCCAAUGACAGUACUUCAGCUAUAAACAUAAUUGAAGAAGCUUUCUCAAAACACCAAGGCUUAGUCUCCAUGGAGGAUGUGAACAUUGCGGCUGAACUGUAUAUUUCCAACAAGCAGUAUGACAAGGCUUUGGAGGUAAUUACAGAUUUUUCUGGAAUUAUCCUAGAAAAGGAAACUUUGGAAGAAGGCACCUCAGAAGAGAAUAAAGCUGCUGAGACCGUCACCUGUUCUAUCCCGGAGAGUGUGCCCAUAGACAUCACGGUGAAGCUGAUGGUCUGCCUGGUGCAUCUCAACAUCCUCGAGCCACUCAACCCUCUCCUGACAACACUGGUAGAGCAGAAUCCUGAGGACAUGGGUGACCUCUAUCUGGAUGUGGCUGAAGCGUUUCUGGAUGUCGGUGAAUAUAAUUCUGCACUUCCCCUGCUCAGCGCGCUGGUUUGCUCUGAAAGAUACAACCUGGCAGUGGUCUGGCUUCGGCAUGCAGAAUGUUUGAAGGCCUUGGGCUACAUGGAGCGAGCUGCCGAGAGCUAUAGCAAAGUGGUUGAUCUGGCUCCACUCCACCUGGAUGCAAGAAUCUCACUUUCCAUCCUUCAGCAGCAGCUGGGUCGUCCUGAGAAAGCCCUGGAAGCUCUGGAACCGAUGUACGACCCAGACACAUUAGCCCAGGAUGCGAAUGCCGCACAGCAGGAACUGAAGCUGCUGCUUCAUCGGUCUACGCUGUUAUUCUCUCAAGGGAAAAUGUACGGUUACCUGGACACCUUACUAACCAUGCUGGCCAUGCUUCUCAAGGUCGCCAUGAACAGAGCCCAGGUCUGUUUGAUAUCCAGCUCCAAAUCUGGAGAAAGGCAUCUCUACCUUAUCAAAGUGUCGAGAGAUAAAAUAUCAGACAACAGUGAGCAGGAAACGUCCAGUUAUGAUGCAAAAGCCAUAUUUGCUGUGCUCACGAGCGUCCUGCCGAAGGAGGACUGGUGGAGCCUGCUCUUGAAGGCCAUCUAUACCCUGAGUGACCUGUCCCGCUUCCAGGAGGCCGAGCUGCUUGUGGACUCCUCACUGGAGUACUACUCCUUUUAUGACGACAGACAGAAGCGGAAGGAACUAGAAUACUUCGGUCUGUCUGCUGCUAUUCUGGACAAAAAUUUCAGAAAGGCAUAUGACUAUAUCAGGGUGAUGGUAAUGGAAAAUGUUAAUAAGCCCCAGUUGUGGAAUAUUUUCAAUCAAGUCACCAUGCACUCCCAAGACGUAAGACAUCAUCGCUUCUGCCUCCGUCUGAUGCUGAAAAACCCAGAAAAUCAUGCUCUGUGCGUCCUAAAUGGACACAACGCAUUUGUAUCUGGGAGCUUCAAACACGCACUUGGGCAGUAUGUGCAAGCCUUCCGUGCCUGUCCCAGCGAGCCUCUGUACAACCUCUGCAUCGGCCUCACCUUCAUUCACAUGGCGUCUCAGAAGUACGUGCUCAAGAGACACGCUCUGACUGUGCAGGGCUUCUCCUUCCUUAAUCGAUACCUCAGCAUACGUGGCCCUUGCCAGGAAUCCUUCUACAAUCUGGGCCGUGGCCUCCAUCAGCUGGGACUGACUCACCUUGCAAUCCACUAUUACCAGAAGGCUCUGGCACUUCCUCCGCUCGUGGUAGAGGGCAUAGAAGCUGACCAGUUAGACCUUCGGAGAGACAUUGCCUACAACAUGUCUCUCAUUUAUCAGAGCAGUGGGAACACGGCCAUGGCUCAGAGGCUCCUGUACACCUACUGUGUCAUAUAAGCCGCGGACCAGUGAGACUUUCCAGACGGCUGUGUGCACGAGGCCCCAGACUCAAGCCACAAGCCUUUGGAAACCAAAACACUGCUCUCAUCUGCAGAAUAUCUGCAGUUACCAUUCCCGGGAGAAUGUGCAGAGUACCCUUCAGCGUUCUACAGGAAAAUUAUUCCCAGUGUUGAAAUGGACACAGUCUCUGAGACAGUUGGAACUGAACGUUAUUUUUCCAUUUAGUGUCUGCUAAGCUCCUGUGUGGGAGACAGACAGAUGUGUUGCCCUCGAGGCAUCGCAGCGUCCGCUGCUGGGUCGGCACGGGUACAGCUGUGUUACCUUUAAGUCCUUGUGCGGUCUGUUGAGCCCAGGCCUCGUACAUGCUAAGCGAGCACGUGCUCCACCACCGAGCAAACCCUCAGCCUCACAGUGCUUCAAGUGUGAGCAUACGGUCUCUGGAGGGAAUGGCUCCUGCAUUUCUGGGCAGUGUCAUUGCUGCUCAAAUACACAGCAAAGGAGGGAGAUUACUAAAAGAGAAGCAGAUUUGGAUUCUUACGGUGAUGUAAUUACUUACAGCCAACACCCAACACAAUUAAUUAAGAUGCUUUUGUGAUAGGAAGACAAUGAGUUGAUUCAUUUCACAUUCAUUUGUGAGUGCGUUAGUUUCAGAGUGUGAGCCUUGGUACUGCGCUCAAUGCGAAGCCCAGCCCUCCAGGGACAAACAGUCAUCUGGCUCCCCAGCGGAGAGAAGGGGCCAUCUCAUCAUGUUCACAUGGUAACAUGUUGUGCAUCCCAGUGUAGGUCACGCCCAGAGAACUAAAGAUUAGGGAAGCUGGACAUUUGAAAUAAAGGGUUGAUAAAGUUUCAAGAUAUUUUACGUCAUUACGUGUUCUUGAAUCUCAGAUCAAAACAUUUGCUAGAUAUACUGUUUCGAUAAAAAGAGCUUUUGUGGAAAUGCUAUAAUGUAUGAUUGAUUCUAAGACUAGUCCAGUGUUGAGAUUGAAGGUCAGGAUACAAUGGAGACUUUAGGAGUUCUUAUUCCUCUUUAUACUGCAUAUUCAACUUUCUGAGAAGCAGAAUUUGUAUAUAAUUAGGAAUGCAUCUUGUAUUCUGUAUGUAUUUAUAUAUAAAUAAAUCCUUUUUAGAAUCUU